AUGUCUACCAAUAUGUCUAGCAACCGUCCAUUUCUCUCCAACUUCCUAGCAGCCUUUCGCGCUCAAUCAACCUACAAAUCCACUCAAGUCCAACAAGUAGGCACCAUCUCUCCGCAAAUCUCUAGCCGCGCCAUCGCAUCAAAAGCCAACCAGUCCGGCUCGACCUCUGCCUCUGCUACUGCCUCUAACUCUACCACUACCACUCAACACACACAAGCCACACAAAGCGCCCAACCAAACCACUACCACGCCGAAUCCUCCCCACCCACAUCUUCAUCAAACCCCAUCCCGAUCAACAGGGGCCCCGCUGAUCGUCAGCGCCGCGGGAGUGACUCCUCCAGUGGGUCGGGUGGAUUCCGAGAUGCCAUCGGUCCUGAGAAGUGGUAUAUCGGUGGUCGCACGCCAGCCGGUGAAGAGCGCUUCUACCGUCUUGGUAUGGUCACCAAGGGAGGUGGCCGGCUCGGUGGUUCCGGCAGGGUAGGGAGUAUUGACCAGUUGAGUCUCUAG